AUGGCAUCCGCAGACAAGGAUGAGUGGAAUGAUUACUGGAACGCCCUCAAGUUGUCUGAAAAAAUUGAAAAAUUACAUAAGGAACAUGCUAAAGAGAUAAACCAAUUAAAAGAAUGCAGUGCUAAGAGGUCGAACGGCUGUGAUAAGCAACAUCAGAAUGAAAAUAAAACCGGGAACGAUGAAAAAAACUGUGACGUUAUCAAGCGUAGGAUGUACAAUUAUGAUGUUAUUAAUUAUUAUAAAGACGAAACGAUAUUAAGGAAAAAAAUAAUCGAAUUAUCAGAUGAUAUAAUGACAGCAAUAUAUCACAUUUAUGAUAUGUUCCGUCUUUGCAAAGAUAAUGUUUUUCUGUCCUUUAAUGGAGGGAAAGAUGCCGUCGUAAUUUUACACCUCUUCAGGUGUGCAUAUGCUAAGUACAUACAUGAUGUUAACGGAGAAAGAAAAAAACCAAAGUUAAUUUAUUUUAAAGAUGAAGUAAAUGAAUUUCCAGAAGUGUAUCAAUUUUUAAACGAAUGUGUAUAUAUGUACGAUUUUGAUAUUAGUGUUAUUAAGGGGACAUGGAAAAGUAGCAUUACAAAAUUUAUAGAAACCUUCCAAAGAGAAUAUCGAAUUAGCAGGAUAGAUCAAAUGAAAGAAAAUAUCGUCGACUCCUGUGAAUUUUUUCCAACUAUAGCAUUUAUUAAUGGCACAAGGUUUAACGAUACACAUAGUGAAAAGUUACGAAUUUUGAAUAUCAGUUCAAGGGGACUGCCGCCAUACUUGUAUUUAAAUCCAGUUUUUUACUGGACCUAUGGAGCUAUUUGGACAUUUAUUUUAUAUUUUAAAUUUGAUUAUUGCAUUCUAUAUAAUCAUGGCUACUCCUCCAUCGGUUCAGUCCGUGAUACGGUAAAGAAUGAAUUCUUAAAAUGCAACGAUUGCUAUUUACCUGCUUAUUUCUUGAAAAACUGGGACUACGAAAGAUACAAUAGAGUGUCACCUGAAGAGAACCAAGACGGGAAUUGCUAG